AGAAUUUUACCGUUUGCAACACCGUCGUCACAGAAAUCUUUCUAUUUCUUUUCGGCUAACCUGUCAUUACUGAACGUUGAGGCGGGUUUUUAAUCCUAGCCAUGGUGCGUAUGAAUGUAUUGAGUGAUGCCUUGAAAUCAAUUCACAAUGCCGAGAGGAGAGGCAAACGGCAAGUGCUCAUUCGGCCCUGCUCCAAAGUUAUUGUGAAGUUCCUCACUGUGAUGAUGAAGCACGGGUAUAUCGGUGAAUUUGAAAUUGUCGAUGAUCACAGGGCUGGAAAAAUAGUAGUCAACCUCACCGGCAGACUAAACAAAUGUGGAGUAAUAUCUCCUCGUUUUGAUGUACCUAUCAACGAUAUAGAAAGGUGGACUAACCUCCUUCCAUCCCGGCAGUUCGGAUACCUCGUUCUUACCACUAGUGGUGGCAUAAUGGACCAUGAAGAAGCCAGAAGGAAACAUCUUGGAGGAAAGAUCCUAGGCUUCUUUUUCUAAGGUUAAUGCAAUAAAUUUGAAAAAAUAA